AUGACAGAAGGAAAUGCUGGUCCGCAAGCAGGACUCCUGCAACUCCUCAGUAAUCGUGAAUAUGCGGAUAUUAUUGCUACCGUUGGAACGGGAGACAUCAAGCAAUACUAUCUCCACCAAGCAAUCGUUUGCCCAAACUCAACCUAUUUCACUGAAGCUUGCAAACAGCCUGCGGAUCAAGCGGGGCUUAAAUGUUUAAGUUUACCCAAUAUUCAAACUUUUUCUUUCGAUAUCGCAAUUCGUUGGAUCUAUGGCGAUAAAGAUAUUAUUAAAAAUAACAACCAAGUCAUCGAAAACUUUUACAACGUUUUAAACACCGCCAAAAUGCUUGGCCUCGAAGAUCUACGGGUCGCUGUACAAAAAGCAAAUCUCGCAGAUAAAGCUAUCGUUGCUAAGGCUUUGAAGGCCGCUGGUGAUGUAGAAGGAUUUUGGGACGUUCUCGAGAAUACCUGCUUGGCAAAUUCAAUGAAGGAUUGGGUUCAUUUCCGAUCAUUCAUAAAGGAUGUUAUACAAGAUGAAGUAUUCCCACUCAGACUGAUCUUAGACAUCGCUAUGGAUACUGAUAAAGGUUUUCUCGCUGCUCUCAUGCUUGAGAGGUCUAACAACCUUCUUCGCUAUUAUCCUUGCUGGAAAUGCGGAGGUCAAAAGAAGCCGUCAUAUGCGGCGAUGAAGACAGAGCCGUUCAGUCACGCUUCUUGCGCCUCUAGUAAAUUAAUUAAUGAUGAACAGUUGGGGGAUUAUUUAAGUAAGUCUCUCUAUACUCCAGCAGUAUUCAGCACAUCUUCAAAUCUCCAUUUAUUGAAUACCUGA